UCCACACGCUUCACACUUAUCCUGCAAAUUUCAUCCUAAGAGAAACGAAAAAGAUAAGUAGGAAAGAGAUUGAAAUCUGGUUUCCAUACCGAAACAAUCUCACGGGAGACGAAGAGUGGAGGUUGUGAGCUAUUCUGAAAUUGGAUUAAUUGUUCUAAACUCUUCACUGCCUGUAAGACAAGGUAGAGAGAGAGAGAGAGAGAUGGAAGGGAUUGAGCAUAGCAUGGUAAGGGUGAACGGAAUAGAUAUGCAUAUAGCUGAGAAAGGGAAAGGUCCGGUGGUGCUGCUUCUGCACGGUUUUCCUGAACUCUGGUACUCGUGGAGGCACCAAAUGACCUCACUCGCCUCCCAUGGCUACCGAGCUGUGGCUCCUGACCUUCGUGGGUUUGGCGACACCGAUGCCCCACCCUCUUCUAGUAGCUAUACCGCCUUUCACAUCGUUGGCGACCUCGUUGGUCUCAUCGACCGCCUUGGCCUAGAUCAGGUGUUUCUGGUGGCACACGACUGGGGAGCCGUGAUGGCUUGGUAUUUCUGCUUGUUUCGCCCAGAUCGAGUUAAGGCUUUCGUCAGCCUCAGCAUUACCUUUACUCCUCGAAACCCUUCCGUUAAGCCCCUCGAUCGAAUGCGAGCUGCCCUGGGAGAGGAUUACUAUAUCUGCAGAUUUCAGGAACCUGGAGAGAUAGAAGAUGUGUUUGCCUGUUUUGGAACCACAGAUGUGCUUAGGAGAUUUCUAACAUAUCGCCGCCCAGCUCCACUUUUUAUGCCUAAGGGCAAAGAAUUUGAACAUACACAUGAUCCUCAAAUUUCCUUGCCCUCUUGGUUGUUAGAAGAAGACAUUAAUUACUAUGCUAGCAAAUUUGACGUAAAAGGCUUCACUGGAGGAGUGAAUUACUAUCGAGCUCUGAAUCUAAACUGGGAGCUAACGGCGCCCUGGACUGGUGCGCAAGUAAAAGUGCCAGUCAAGUUUAUGGUAGGUGACCUGGAUUUGACAUACAACACCCCUGGUGCCAAACAAUAUAUACAUGGUGGUGGCUUGAAGAAAGAUGUGCCAUUUCUGGAGGAUGUGGUUGUGAUGGAAGGAGUGGGUCACUUCAUCAAUGAAGAAAGGCCUGAAGAAAUAUCCACCCAUAUUUUGGAUUUCAUUCAGAGAUUUUGAUGUGCUCUUUCAUUUCAUUCUUGUGCUUUUCCGUGAAUCUAUGAACAUAUCAGUUUUAAGUAAAGUGGGGUGUGAUGGUCUUUA